ACGUGAGGCCAAAAUUUAUCGAGAGGCUCACUUUUGAGGUCUUUUGGGGUUUCACUUCUUACCAGCGCCACACCGCAAUUAUGGAAGCGGAAGAGCGGAUCACCAAGAAGCGGAAGCUCAGCAAUGAUCGAGAUCCUCAGAAGCCAGUGUCUGACUCCCUGACACAAGGAAAUGGCGGUUCGGAAGUCAGCACAACUGGCGGAGACUUGAUCUCCAUCAUCGAACACGACGACGAGGAGCCGAGUGAAAACCUGAAUGGCGCUGGCCAUGCCGAAGGUGACACAUUCCCUACUCCAGCGACAACAGCCCCACUGGCAGACGGACUCGACACAGCCGGAGCGCCAGUUUCCAAAAACCAGCUCAAGAAACUCCGCAAGAAGCAAGAAUGGGAGUCGAAGCGCGACGAACGCAAGGAAAUCCGCCGGCAAAAGACCGUCGCGAAGCGCGAGCGGAAGCGCGAAGCGUGGAAGCAAAUGCAAGCUGAUGGCGAAGCUGAGGCAAUCCCGGCGAAGCAUCUGAUUCGACGCAAGGCCGUGCAGCUGCCCGUGACCAUCCUGAUCGACUGCGACUUCGACGGCCUAAUGAAGGACAAGGAGCGCAUUUCGCUUGCUGCGCAGCUUACGCGGUCGUAUUCGGACAACAGAAAUGCUCCUUUCCGUGCGCAUUUGGCGAUAUCUGCUUUUGGUGGUAGCUUGCGGGAGCGAUUUGAUAACGUCUUGAUGCACUACAAGGGAUGGAGAGGGGUGCGCUUCUUGGACUGUGAUUGCAUCGAGGCUGCCGAAAAGGCAAAGGAGUGGAUGGCAUCCGAGUUCGAGGGGAAGAUGGGCGGCGCAUUCGAGAAAUUUCAGACUGAAGAUGUGGAGGAUCACGCACGUCUUAAAGCAGAGGGAGAAGUGGUCUAUCUGACCUCCGAAGCCGAAGAAACUCUGACCGAGCUGAAGCCGUUCAGCACCUACAUCAUUGGCGGGCUGGUCGACAAGAAUCGCGAAAAGGGCUUAUGCUACAAGCGAGCUACCGAACGAGGCCUGAAGACCGCGAGAUUACCGAUUGGUGAAUUCAUGGAUAUGCAGAGCCGGAAGGUCCUGGCUGUCAAUCAUGUCAAUGAGAUCAUGCUGAAAUGGUUGGAGUGUGGCGAUUGGGGCGAGGCUUUUGUCAAGGUGAUUCCGAAGAGGAAAGGGGGACAAUUGAAGGAUGCCAAAGGCGCAGAAAGUAAGGAGAGUCCUGGGGACGAGGCUGCAUCCGAUGAUGGUGAUGAGACGUUUGAGGAUGCAGAGGAAGCACUCGAGGAGGACGCCACUAGUUUUUCAGCAUAAAUUCGAAUGUACUUUCA